AUAUAAUGGACCAUGCAAGGAUUCUAAAUUUUCUAAACUCAUUAUAGAAUUAAGAUUGUACUUAACAAAUGGAUAAUUCAUAAUGUUCUAAAGAAUCAUUGAGAAGCUUAUACGAGAAAUUUACAAAAGAAUAUUCACUAUAAAGAGCUCGAGUAAGAAAUGAUGAAUGAUUAAACAUUAGACUUUAAGCAGAGAAGAAAGAUUGGCGAAUCAUUUGACAUCCAAUUCACUCUCUUAUGGUGAAAUUGUAAGUAAAUAUACAUUAAACAAAAGGAAUUCACAUCUUUAUCAAUGGUGUUCCAAUAAGUAUAACCAAAUAAAGGUGGAGUAUUUUAUGAUUUGGGUAGUGGAAUAGGUAAAAGUGUUAUUGCUGCAUCUUUAAUGCAUUAAUUUGAUAUUUGUAAAGGAAUUGAAUAUUUACAUUCUUUACAUGAACAAGCAUGUAAAUUAAAAUAAGAAGUUGAAAAAUAAAAAUCUCUUAUUGAAUAAGAAAUGGAAUAAAUUGGUGUAUAUGAUUAUCAAUAACCAAAAAUUGAAUUUAUUUAAGGAGAUUUUAGAGAGGUAUUAUUUCAUUUACAAAAUCAAGUUAGAUUGGAGUGAUGGUACCUUUUUAUUUGCUUCUACUACUUGUUUUGAUCCAGAUCUUAUGAAACAGCUAAGUAAAAAAGCUGCUGAUUUGAAAGAAGGAUCUUACUUUAUUACUGUUACUAAAACAUUAGAACCUUAGAUUGGUUGGGAUCUUAUUAAAUCUAUUAAAGUUUAGUUAUCUUGGGGAUUAGCUACAAUACACAUUUAACAAAAAAAAAUGAUUUAGGUUUAACAAUAAUAAAUAUAAUUAUGA